GUUUAUUAUCAUGUUUGCUUAAAUAUUUAGUAUUUUUAAAUAUUACUCAUUUAUUCAAUAGUUAAGAUUAUUAUAAAGUAGAUGCAAACAUGGAUAAGAUAACAUUACUGUUGUUGCUAGUGUUUACUUUUGGUUUAGCAAAUGCUCAACGCCGAGAUGGUAUUGAGAUUCCGAAAAUUUUAAGAGGUAGCUGGUUCUCAUGGGAGGGUAAACCAAUUACGACCACAUUGGAUGUUAACAAAAUGAGUGAUCAUGGUCGCAUUAUUAAAGUUGAGCGUAAUGGAAGUGAUUAUACGAUGAUAUUUCAAGACAGAGCAUGUUAUUACUGCAUAAAGGCAUUCACCAGAACCAAUAAUAUAUUUGAGAAACUUGAAAGCCCUUGCGUCAACAUCAACAGUGGAGAGGUUCCAACAUUCGAGAAUGUUUGUAAAGGAAUUCGUCGUGAUCAACAGUUGAUUACGUAUUUCAAUGAGAAUUACGUUCCUCUAUUGUGUCGUUCAUCACUUGAAGGUGUAUGGCAAUUUGCAUAUCAAAAUCGCUUCCGUUUCACCGGUGAAUGUGAUAAUCCAGAUGCAAAAAUUCAGUCAUGUCAGACAGCCGGUACACAGUUUUUAAUUACAAAUCAAAAGUUUAACAUUACUUACAAAAAAUGUCCAGGAAUGGAUGGAACAUUUGAUGGUGUUGUUGAGUACAGCUGUCUAGGUGACUGGUUUGUUGGAAAGAAUCAUUAUUUUGCUGUCGCAAAUACAAAAGAAUCUCGUAAAGAUGAAAAAUUCCGUUGCUUCUUGAAAAAUCGUGAUGAUGACUUGUACCUUGGUGUUAGUAUUACUGCUGAAUGUAAUACCCUCCAGACAGUUGAAAAGUCACCAGAAAGAUUGAGAAUUACACCAGUUAAGGCUGAAGUUGUUGAGCCUGGUUGUCGAUUGCCACAAAAUUUUAGUGGUGAAUGGAUUAAUACUGCUAAUAUCGAUGCUGAUGUUUUCAUUAAUGAGACACAUAUCAUUGAAACUUACUAUCCAGAUAAAUCACGUUACCGUCGUACAGUUUAUGUUUGCCGAGAACAAAGAGAUACAAGAAUUAUGAUGGCACGUUUGACAGUCGAUGGAUGUCAAAAGGAUUACAUAUGUUUCGAUUUCGUACCAAAGCAUCAUAAUAUCAUUAGAUAUCGCAAAGGAUUAGCUGUAAUUAAGGAUGAUUUCAGUACAGUAUGCUCGUGGGUACAAUUUCCAAAUAAGGAACAAUGGAGAUAUGAUUUAUUCUUGGCAAAACAUCCAGUACCUGUUCGUUGUCCCGUUGCUGGAAAAUUCAACUUUACUCAACAAGGCGAACAUAAAUUUAGAACUAGAAUUCUUGGUGGUGUCACAUUAAGUCCACGUCCUGAUAUCAGAUGCAAGCAAAAUAUUUCAGAUCUUAGUGUUUGUGAUACAGAUCAAAAGGAAAUGUGGAUUGAUGAAAACUAUUGCCUUUCUGUUGAUCAUUUAGGACGUCCAGUUGAUAUUUACUCUGAUCCUGAUUACAAAAUGAAAUGCAUUGGAUUCUGGAAGGAAAAUCUUAAGUCUUAUUUGAUUACGUUUGACGACCUCGAUCCAUUGAGUAAAUAUCGCUGUUGGGUCUAUCAACGUGCUGAUUUGAAUCGCGUUCUUAUGUCACAAGCUGUUGGUGCUUUUUGCCAUAUUAAUCAAGAAGUUUCGUCACAGAAUUACACAGAAGGUGCUGUUGUGUCACUCGAUUUGGUGGAAUACGAAAGAGAACGAGAUCAAUGUCCAUUACAUUUUGACGAUGGCGAGAAUCCGUGGGCUUUAAAUCAAGAAAAUACCUUCAAGAUAUUUGAUUGGGUAAUUUACCGCAACUCAGCAACGAAAUUAGGGACAAGUUUGUCAAUAUUGUUAGCAUUCUUGUUGUGUGCCUUUCAUGUUUAGGAUAUAAAUUAGUUUAUAAAUAAACAAUCAUUCCGUCCAAAAUUUUAGAUCUGAU